AUGCCGCGUGCGACAGCCAUUCGUAUACAUGCACAGCGUACACUCGCACGCAUUCGCCUAUAUGACAUAUCUCAUAUCUCCGUUGAUCUAAGAUCCAAAAGCAUUGCCAUUGAGCAAAUCCUCAAUGUGGUGCUCUCUUUUGUGGUGAUCUACGUGUACAGUAUUUUCGGAUUCGUUGCCUGUGAAGAAAGAGCAGCCAUGUCAAGGAGGGCGGUGGGAUCCACACGCCGCAAUGGAAACUUUCCGUUUGCUGGAGCCUUCAAUUCAAAAUCCAAGUCGUCCCCUUUGCUAUCCAUUGGCCUUGUAGUUGUGGGAGCGAUCCUAAUUGUCGGCUAUGUUUAUAAGGGCUUAGGUGGCUUCGGAGGGGGUGCCAACGUAGUUAGUAGAGUUGAAGGCGAUUUCUCAUGCACGCUAGAAGUUCAGAGAGCAAUACCUUUCCUAAAGAAAGCGUAUAGUGGCAGUAUGCACAAAGUUUUGCAUAUUGGCCCUGAUACUUGUUCAGUUGUGUCUGCACUGUUAAAAGAUGACGAAAUUGAAGCAUGGGGUGUGGAACCAUAUGAGAUAGAGGAUGCUGAUAGGAAUUGCAGGAAUCUUGUGCGCAAAGGCAUUGUGCGUGUGGCUGAUAUAAAGUUCCCUCUACCCUAUAAAGCAAAGUCUUUUUCUCUUGUGAUAGUGUCAGAUGCAUUAGAUUACCUCUCCCCAAAGUACCUGAACAGGACUCUUCCAGAAUUGGCAAGGGUUUCUUCCGAUGGUCUUGUUAUUUUUUCAGGUUUCCCUGGUCAACAGAGAGCUAAAGUUUCUGAGUUAUCCAAAUUUGGACGCCCGGCCAAAAUGCGGAGCUCCUCUUGGUGGAUACGUUACUUUGUUCAGACCAGCUUAGAAGAAAAUGAAGUUGCCAUCAAGAAGUUUGAGCAGGUCACAACAAAGGAGUCUUACCAGCCAAGCUGUCAAGUGUUUCACCUUAACUCAUAUCACUAA